ACCGGCUCCGUCGCCAUGGCGAUAAGCGCCCAAGCCAACCAGCGGCCACUUCCGUUGACGUCCUUCCUGACACGUGGAUCCAAGAUGGCGGCAUCGGGGGCCAUGGAAUGUCUGAGUUUGCUGCUGCUGCUGUUCUCACUGUUCCAUGGAAUGGGCUCGUUCUACGUCCCAGGUGUCGCGCCUAGGAAUUUCCACCGGAAUAGUCCCGUAGAAAUCAAGGCUGUGAAGCUCACGAGUUCACGGACCCAGCUGCCGUACGAGUACUACUCAUUGCCUUUCUGUCGCCCCUCUGUGAUAACCUACAAGGCUGAGAAUCUGGGGGAGGUCCUGCGGGGGGACCGCAUUGUAAACACACCGUUCCAGGUCUUCAUGAGCACGGAGAAGAAGUGUGAGAUUCUUUGCAACCACCUCAAUGAGCCAGUCUCCCUGGACGUGGAGCAGGCCAAGCUGAUUGCAGAGCGGAUCAGGGAAGACUACUAUGUCCACCUCAUUGCUGAUAACCUUCCCGUGGCUACACGCCUGGAGUUCUACUCCAAUCGGGAUGAGGAGGAGAAGAAGAAGGAGAAAGACGUGCAGUUUGAGCAUGGAUAUAGGCUGGGCUUCAUGGAUGGAAAUAAGUUCUACCUGCACAACCACCUCUCCUUCAUCCUUUACUACCACAGAGAGGAGGUGGAGGAGAAUCAGGAGCCCACCUACAGGGUUGUGCGCUUUGAAGUGGUUCCCCAGAGCAUUAAGCUGGAAGACCUGAAGGUUGAUGAGAAGGGCCUGUGCACCCUGCCUGAAGCUGCAGGCUCAGCCCCUCAGGAGAUAGAUCCCACCAAGAAGAACUUGCUGCUCUUCACCUACUCUGUCCACUGGGAGGAGAGCGACAUUAAAUGGGCUUCCCGCUGGGACACCUACCUGACCAUGAGCGACGUGCAGAUCCACUGGUUCUCCAUCAUUAACUCAGUUGUGGUUGUCUUCUUCCUCUCUGGCAUUCUGAGCAUGAUCAUCAUCCGUACUCUCAGGAAGGACAUUGCCAACUAUAACAAAGAAGAUGAUAUUGAAGACACCAUGGAGGAGUCUGGUUGGAAGCUUGUGCAUGGUGAUGUCUUCAGGCCUCCCCAGUAUCCCAUGAUCCUCAGCUCCCUAUUGGGUUCUGGAAUUCAGCUUUUUUGCAUGAUCCUGAUAGUCAUCUUCGUUGCCAUGCUGGGGAUGCUGUCGCCAUCUAGCCGGGGUGCUCUGAUGACCACGGCCUGCUUUCUCUUCAUGUUCAUGGGGGUUUUCGGGGGGUUCUUUGCUGGCCGUUUGUAUCGAACUCUGAAAGGCCAUCGGUGGAAGAAAGGAGCUUUCUGCACUGCUAUCCUGUACCCUGGCGUGGUCUUUGGGAUCUGCUUCAUCCUGAACUGUUUCAUCUGGGGAAAGCACUCCUCUGGAGCAGUUCCUUUCCCCACCAUGUUGGCUUUGCUCUGCAUGUGGUUUGGCAUCUCCCUGCCCUUGGUCUACCUGGGCUAUUACUUUGGGUUUCGCAAGCAGCCGUACGAUAACCCUGUGCGGACCAAUCAGAUUCCAAGGCAGAUCCCGGAGCAGAGGUGGUACAUGAAGAAGUUUGUUGGGAUUCUGAUGGCUGGCAUUCUGCCCUUCGGAGCCAUGUUCAUUGAACUGUUCUUCAUCUUCAGCGCGAUCUGGGAGAACCAGUUCUAUUACCUCUUCGGCUUUCUCUUCCUGGUCUUUAUCAUUCUCGUGGUGUCCUGCUCCCAGAUCAGCAUUGUCAUGGUGUACUUCCAGCUGUGUGCCGAGGACUAUCGCUGGUGGUGGAGGACCUUCUUGGUAUCAGGAGGAUCUGCCUUCUACGUGCUGAUCUACGCCAUCUUCUACUUUGUGAACAAGCUGGAUAUCGUUGAGUUCAUUCCCUCUUUGCUAUAUUUUGGCUACACAGCCCUCAUGGUCCUGUCCUUCUGGCUCCUCACCGGCACCAUUGGCUUCUAUGCAGCCUACAUGUUUGUCCGCAAGAUCUACGCCGCUGUGAAAAUAGACUGAAGAGGCACAGACUGGGCAGGAAGUAGACACCUCUGUGGGCAUGUCCUCCUGGGCAGGAAGGGGGAGUUUCUCCCAGUUCUUUUAAGGAAAAAAAACAAAAACCCAACGGGAGAGUGACAAGAGAAAUUUUAAAACUCCUCAUUUCGGAAUGUAAUUUCUGGCACAGUGUACAUGGAUUCUGGGGCUACUUCUGGGGGAGAGGGGUCUGUAGAUACUUUGCAUUUUAACUUUAUGAUCUUAUUGCAGUUUGGAGGGAUUUUUUUUAUCUGAGAAAUAUCCCUCUGUGUAAGUCAACCCCCGCCCCCCUUUUUUGUUAAUUCAUUCUUUUUUUUUAUGUUGAAUAACAAAUGGAUCUGAGACGGCAGUGGCAACACUUGUGCAAAUGUUUGCUCUAGCCCCUAGGACACGUAGGUUCUGGGGGGACCUUCAGACCAGUAACACAACAGGCCGGGCCAGGCCUCGUGUCUACGUGGAAGAUGUGGAGGGUGCUUCCGGCUGUGGCCAGGGAGGGGGAUCUGAAAGGCCUGUCCUGCAUGAGAAUGGCAUGCUCCGGCUACAGCAGUUUCAGCUCCAUCCCUGUUUACAGUUCCACAGAGGUGCCACGCAGAACCUGGCAAGUGCAAUUUCACCUGGAGAGGGCUUGAGAACUGAUGCCUUCCACGUUGCUUCUCCCUCCCCCUCACCUUUGGACAUCGCAUGCCACUCUGGAUGCGUGAAGCUGGAGAGGUUUGGAAGGGUGGGACAUCUCUCCUGGAAGAGCUGAAUCAUCUGUAGGGGCAACAGGAUGGAGUGGGCUGUGGUGUUACACUG